AUGGAUCCUGACGCUAGAAUUACAAGUGAAGAAUCAAUUCAUGAGGAUACUAGGGAAGAGCCACAAUUUGAUGACAGUGAUGAGGAAUACGCUAGUCGCGAGAACAUUGAGUUAAUAGACAUAGGUGCAAAACUAGGAGACCUUCCAGGGCUAACAAUGCAAGAAAACAAUGAACUGAGAGGAGUACUUAACCCACCUGAUGGAUCAAGCAUAGAAGGCAGAACAGGUCCCAAUGGAGCGUUACAAAUCCAGGCUGACUACUUUAACGAAGCUAUUGGUGAAACCGUGGAACGCUCCACCUCAGCGGAAGGUACAACUGAGUAUAAUUCCCUUAUAGAAAGAAUUGACAGUUUGAAGGAAGCUAGGGAUAGGACACUAGAGCAGAGAACUGUAGAGGAAGCAAGAGAGGCACAACUAAAGGACAUUUCUAGAUUAUGUAGAUUUAUAGCCUGGGUAGGAAAGGAAAAGGUGGGACUUGUGGGGGUAGCAGUGUCUACGGCUAGUUUUAUUACAGCCUUACUAAUCCAUGCUAGGGGAGCCAUUGUGAAGACAGCAAAGGCCACUGGUAAAGUAGCAAAAGCAUUAGCAAAUUUAGCGAAGAAAGCAGGACCAGUUCUAGUUCCAAUCCUGAACACCAUCGCAACAGCGCUAUCAUGGGGAGCCAAAGGAAUUGCUUGGUUAGCGUCACACUUAUGGGUAUUAGCUGUAGCAGCUGCCCUACUUGUGUACAACAAUUACAGCAAGUAA